UCGAACGGCCGCUCGGCAUGAGAGGCCUCGUCCCCCCGGAUGACGGAGUCGUGACUUCGCACACGCGUCGCGACUGAGGAAGCGGCCGUUCCGUGCGAGAGCGCAUCCCUUUGUCGCCGGCGCGCGACACGGCACUCGACGACGAAAGCCAGUACGCGGCGCGACGUUGGAUCGACACGGGAACACGAGAAUUCGACGCCGACGCGCUCGCGCGAGAAACUCGGCGCGAAAACUCUGCCUCGCGCGGUCCUGAAAAAGUGAAAACUGCGUAGAACUUGACCACCUCGGCGAUUGGCGAAAAACAGGCGGAAACAAGCGAAAAACGACUUGACGCGGCGCGUUACCUCGCAUCGUUCCCGCCGCUCCCGGAAGACGCGCCCAGAUGGCCGGCCGAGCGUCGCUCGCACCUCUGCUCCUCGUCGUCGCUCUCGCCGCCUCGCUGUCCGCUCGGAGCGACGCCGCCUCCGCGCACAUCCACACGCAUCAGCACAACAAAGUCGACAGCAAUGAGAGGACGGAGGACGGUGCUUUCAGCCCCCGCGAUGCCGACCACUACGCCGAGGGCGAGCACCACCAGGAGUUCGAUCACGAGGCCAUCCUAGGAAGCGUAAAGGAGGCAGAGGAGUUUGAUAAGCUUCCAAUGGAAGAAUCAAAGAGGAGAUUAGGGAUUCUACUGACCAAGAUGGAUCUGAAUAGCGACAAGUAUAUAGAGAGGAACGAGCUGAAAGCCUGGAUCUUGCGUUCGUUUCGCAUGCUGUCGGCAGAAGAAUCCGAGGAUCGCUUGGACGACGCCGAUAGGAAUGAAGACGGCAAAGUGAGCUGGGACGAAAUCGUGGAAGACACUUACGGCAGCGAUCCCGAAGAUCUGGCCCUUGACGACAAGUUGAUUAACGACGACAAGCAGACGUUCGAGGCUGCCGACUUGAACAAAGAUGGUUAUUUAGACUCGGAGGAGUUCAUAGCUUAUACGCAUCCUGAGGAGACACCUAGAAUGUUUCCACUCUUGUUGAAGCAAGCCCUGGCCGAGAAAGAUAUGGAUGGGGACGGGUACAUAAAUUUUCAGGAGUUUAUCGGCGACAGAGCCAAGUCGAAAGACAAGGAAUGGGUGUUGGCUGAAAAGGACAAAUUUGAUUACGAACACGACAAGAACGGGGACGGCAGACUCGACGCGGACGAAAUUCUUUCUUGGCUUGUUCCAAGUAACGAAGAGAUAGCAAACGACGAAGUUGAUCAUCUGUUCGCGAGUUCAGAUGAUGAUCACGAUAACAGAUUGUCCUACGACGAGAUCUUGGAUCAUCACGAUGCUUUCGUAGGUAGCGAAGCGACGGAUUACGGUGAUCAUUUGCAAGAUAUCGAACGUUUUAACGACGAGCUUUGAGAAUCAGCGAUCAGUUGAUUUAAUAAUACUGUGUUAUCUCUCAUAAUACUCUUUGGAGAUAUGUAUGAUAUAAUUCGCAAUAUUUUUAAUACACUGCUCAAGACAAUAACAAGAUCAUUGUUUUAAAGGACUCUGUACAUGGACCCAAAAUGCCUGUAUUUAAAAACUUCAAAUACCAUGUUUGUACAAGCACGUUUAUCGAAUAUUAAAAUCAUGAAUUGAGAAAAGAUGUUGAAAACCUACUAAAUCGUUAUUCACGCAGCGAGAAAUUGCUGUUCGAUCGAUGUCGAUUCGACGUCAUUUCUCACUGGGCAUUUGAGAAAAUGUUUUGAGCAGUAUAUUUGUCAAUAUUUUUUUCUGCAUCGCGCUUUCAGCCCUUGUAUCUGUUUCUGGUUAUGCAGUCAUUAGAAUAAAUUUCAUUUAAUGACAAAUUGCACACGCAGGACUAGUGCAAUUUACACAUCUUGUAUUGUAUAUUCACGACGAUUCGUAGUAUAGCACACGGACCAUCGUCUUCCACUUUUUACCAAACAUGAGUGCCAUAGAAAAUGUGGGAAGAAAAGUGUAUUAGAGCAACAACAAAAGUCUCAUAUUUCUUCUUGCAGUUAUACAUAUAGUGCGUCAUUAAGUUUGAAUUCCAUCAAUGUGUUAUACUGUAUAUAUUUAUGAUAUAAUACACACAUGAAUAUACGCAAUAUUUUACAUGUGUAUGUAUCGUAUGUAAAGCACAUUAUCUCCUGAUUUCGCGACAAAGUAAGAUAAUUUUUGUAGUUUAUAUUUAACGAAUCUGUGCAUUAUUCUUAUAAAACGAGUCUUCGACAAAUAAUAUGCGCAUUAAUUUGUAAUAAAAUAUUCUAACAAUUCCA